AGACCACUUAAUUGUGUACAUUUUUUUUCAAGACUUAAUUAAACUUUUAAACAUUUUAAUCUUGUGUCAUUUGGACUGUUGCCUUGACCAACGAAACGUGAGGAUGGACUGCGGGAUUCAUCCUGGUCAACUUUGUGUUAACCUGACACUUGGUUUGUUGUUCAUGUACUGUCGUGUGAAUCUCCAGAAAUAUUAUUGUCAGACUAACUUGUUUAGCAUUUUCUUGUCAAGGCACUAUAAGAAUAUUGCAAAAUUUGCUAACAACAACAUCCACUAAAAGUACAUGUUUGAAACAUCGAAGUUAGGGUGUCAUCAUUACGAAGUUUUUGUCGUUUGGGUUCCGGUUCGCAAGAUGUCGCUGAUGCACUUUCUCACCAACCGCCAGUGAAAAGCAAGCAAACGAAGAAGACUCGGCAAAACGGAACAACCACAGCGACGAGCAGGUGACCUAUUUUCGUUUCCUAUUUGUAAUUGAGUUUCUUUGUUUUUGUAGUUUGCGGGGAGCAAAUUGACACGUUCGUGAGUGCGAUGAGAAAUGAGUUCCCAUCUCCUGGUGUCCAGCAACUCCUCCCGUCAUGCAUCCCUCCUGCUGCUUUGUUCUGGCGGGUUCUGCUGGCUCCGGACCUUGAGCGGCAAACCUCACAUCAGCGGCAGUCUUAUUAGAGAGAGCUACCGGCUGCUGCAGCUGCCCGAAAACGAGUCCAUCAGCCCCGAGCGGGUGAAGGUGUCCUACCUGCGCCUGGCCAAGCUCUACCACCCGGACUCUGGCUCGCCCACUGCUGAUACCGCUCUUUUUACCCGGGUGGAGGAGGCCUACCGAUGCGUGCUGGCACACUGCAGUGAGGCCCGGUCUCGGGAUAGAAUGCCGGACGAGGAUGAGGACAAGGACCCAGCUGCAGGUGUGGCCCCUCAGCAUAGACACUACCUCAGCUACGAGGGCGUGGGUUCAGGCACCCCGAGCCAGCGCGAGCGCCAGUACCGCCACUUCCGUGCCGACAGGGCCGCCGAGCAAGUUCUGGACUACCGGCAGAGGGAGCAGGAGAGGGCGGCAGCGUCUGAGGGGGCGCUAGUGGAGCGGGACAUGCGGCGGCGCAGCAGGAAUAUCAAAAUCACACAAGCGGUGGAGCGGCUGGUGGAGGACCUAAUCCAGGAGUCCAUGGCCCGUGGCGACUUCCGCAACCUGAGUGGUGCCGGAAAGCCGCUCAACAAGUUCCAACACAACCCCUACGCCGACCCCAUGACGCACAACCUCAAUCGCAUCCUCAUGGACAAUGGCUACCAGCCACCCUGGGUGCUCACUCAGCGCGACAUCCGCGAGACCGCCGAUCGCAUCAGGCGAGAGCUGCUGGAUGGUCGCGCCGGGCUGGGCGAACCCCUCGGCCCGACGGAGCGCCUCCGCUGGGAGGAGCUGUGCGCCCAUGCCGAAGAAGAGCUGGCGAAACUCAACAAGAAGGUGGACAGCUACAACCUGAUUGUUCCCAUGCUCCAGAUGCAAAUGGUGCACUUCAACUUGGCGCGGGAGGUCCGGCGUGCGGAAGAGGUGGCCGGAUGCCGCCGACUUGAGCAGCGACAGAAGAGGAAAGAGGAGAGGAAAAGGGUCAAUGCCGCCCAUGUCGCUGCCAAGUCUGCAGACGCAAAGCGAGGACUGGUUUCGUGGAUGCAAAGUUGGCUCAAAUGAAUGACAGGAAACUUCAUUUCAUUUUCAUCCAUUUGUCACUUUAAUCUUUGACUUGAUUGAACAACGUUUUAAACAAUGUUCGACUGUCUAACCUUAAAUGAUAGCUGAAACAGACCAUUUGCGACCUGGACUCUGACAUCGAAGAAGAUUUCAGGUGGUACUGUUGGAACGAAUUUUAAUUUGUCCAGUUAUUUCCAACCAUCAUAAUGGAAACUGGCAGUGGGCAAGUACUGUUACUAGGUAUCAUUAUUGGGCUCAUACAGCCUUAUUUUAAGGUAUCUGAUACUCAUGGGAGCUGCCGAUGCCAGCCACUGAUACUUAAGACAAUUUUUUUUUUUUUUUUUUAAUCAGAAGUUGUGUAAGUCCUUCUUAGCAGUAGUUGGCGCGAUACUGCGACGUUUGCUACAUCGGCGAACCAUCAUCUGCGGAAGAGAGAAAGGUCUUUGUUCACAGUUUUUUGUGUUAAAUUUUAUAUUUCAAAAGACGCCACUCGAUAUUAGUGAGUACUCAAACAGUACUGAUAACGGUCUG